AUAUCAUAUACACAGACUCCCCAUUCACCUCCAAUCUCUCCUUCAAUCUGAAACAGAUUUUGAACUUCUUUCUCAUCAGAUAACUGUUUAUCCUUUCAACUCAAAUUCAAAACACAAACUCGCACAGAAUUCCUCUAUAUACACAUAAAAUUAGACUGACCCUUUGUUUUAGUGUUGUUUGGGAUUGAAUUUUAAUACCCAUACAGAGAAUGGUUGUGAAGAUGAUGAAGUGGAGGCCAUGGCCUCCACUGUCAUCCAAGAAAUUCGAGACGAAGAUCAUCAUUCGCAACAUCAAAGAACUACGCAUAUCAGAACAGGGUGUGGCUGAGAAACCAAUCACUCUCGACGAUUUUGCAAGAUUGUCUGUUGAGAUAAAGUGGAAAGGCUCAAAGGGCAAUGGUUUGAGCUCUUUGAGAAGAAGUGUGAAGAGGAAUUUCACGAAGGAAGAGGCUUUGGGGGAUAACGGAGUUGUUGAAUGGAACGAUGAGUUUCAUAAUAUUUGCAGCUUUGCGGUAUAUAAAGAGGGUGUAUUCCAUCCUUGGGAGGUUGCGCUUACUUUAUUCAAUGGCUUCAACCAAGCUCAAAAAGACAAGGUCCCCGUUGUUGCAACUGCAUUGCUGAAUCUUGCUGAAUUUGCUUCUGCAGCUGAGGAACAAGAGAUAGAAAUCAACAUUCCUCUUACAAUUGUUAAUGAAAGCAUUGAAUCCAGCCCUUCACUUUGUCUAUUUUUCAGCCUCUCGGAAUUGAGAACUUCCCAGGAAUCUUCAGGAAGAGUUCAGAGAUCAGUUGUUCCUAUUCAACUGUCACCCCCUUCUGGAGAAGUUUUAUCCAGAGACAAAGAUGAGCUCUCCAUUCUUAAAGCGAGUCUGAGGAAAGUUAAAAUCUUCAGAGGAAUUUCAUCUCGAGGGGCUAAGAAGGCAUGUCGUGAAGAGGAGGGCAGUGAUGGAAGGAGUUCGGUCAGAAGUAAAGAUGUUGACUACAAUUACCCAUUUGACACUGACUCGCUUGAUGAUCUGGAUGAAGGGGAAUCAGAAGAAGGAAAACAUGAAUCCAGUACUAAGAUGUCAGUCAGUUAUGGAACGUUGGCCCAUGCAAACCAUGCUGGAGGAUCAACAUACUCAAAUACGAGCAGUAGUGAAGAUGAGGAUUGGUUCUAUUAUAGCAAUUGCAAAUCAGAUGCAGGGGUUUUGAAUAUUGAGGAUUCAAGUGCAUCAAUGCAUGAUCAGUCCGCAAGGCAGAGUUCAAAGCGCAGAAUCCUCUCAUGGAGAAAGAGGAAAUUUGGCUUCAGAUCUCCUAAAGCGAAAGGAGAGCCACUAUUGAAAAAAGAUUAUGCUGAAGAAGGUGGAGACGAUAUUGAUUUUGAUCGUCGACAGCUUAGCUUCUCUGAUGAGUCCACUUUUGGGCGGUGCAAAACUGACGAAGCUUCAAUUACAAAUAGAUCAUCAGUAUCCGAGUUUGGGGAUGAUAGUUUUGCUGUGGGUAGCUGGGAGCAAAAGGAGGUCAUAAGCCGUGAUGGACAUAUGAAGCUGCAAGCCCAAGUCUUCUUUGCUUCUAUCGAUCAAAGGAGUGAAAGAGCUGCAGGUGAGAGUGCAUGCACAGCCCUGGUUGCUGUCAUCGCCGACUGGUUCCAAUCCAACUGCGAUGAAAGGCCUAUCAAGUCUCAACUUGAUAGCCUGAUCCGAGAGGGUUCACUAGAGUGGAGGAACCUCUGUGAAAAUGAUGCCUACAGAGAGCGGUUCCCUGAUAAGCACUUUGACCUUGAUACUGUCCUUCAGGCUAAAAUCCGUCCUCUGGUUGUAGUUCCAGAGAAGUCCUUUGUCGGGUUUUUCCAUCCAGAAGGGCUUGAAGAGGUGGCUUUUGACUUCCUCCAGGGAGCCAUGUCCUUCGACAGCAUCUGGGAUGAGAUCAGUCAAAUCAGCUCGGAAAGCUGUAGUAAUGGUGAACCUUUAGUCUACAUUGUAAGCUGGAACGACCACUUUUUUGUUCUGAAGGUUGAAAGGGAUGCAUACUAUAUUAUUGAUACAUUAGGGGAGCGACUUUAUGAGGGCUGCAACCAGGCAUAUAUCCUGAAAUUUGACAAAGAUACAACAAUCCAGCGACUACCUAAUGAAACUCAAUCAUCAGAUGAAAGGCUUGCCAGUGAUGUGAUCCAAUCAAGUGACCGAAAGGAGUCAUCAAGUGAAGGAACUGUGAUCAUCAAAAGUAACGAGUCGGGAAAUGGUGAGGGAGAAGAUUCAGUUGUGUGCAGAGGCAGAGAGUCAUGCAAGGAGUACAUUAAGAGAUUUUUGGCUGCAAUCCCAGUAAGGGAGUUGCAGGUUGAUCUCAAGAAGGGGCUAAUGGCGUCAGCACUUCUUCAUCACCGGCUACAAAUUGAAUUCCACUACACCCAGUGCUUGCAGCCUCUGGUUGGGUUUUCUUCAUUGAACGCAAUACCUGAUACACUGGAAAUAUCAGAAUUGCCAGUGGCUGAGUUUUGUUCAUCAAAAGCAAUUGCUGAUACACUGGCAAAAUCAGCAUUGCCUGUGGGUGAGUGUUCUUCAUCAACAGCAGUAGUUGAUACGCCGGCAAUAUCAGCAUUGCCCGUGGCAGACUCUUCUUUAUGGAACGGAAUAGCCAUUACACCGGCCAUAUCAGCAGGUGCUGCAUAGCGCACAGUGUGACUCCUAUUGAGUUCUAAGAAUGUGUUAAUUAGUCUAACACCUUACCUUUUUGUUGUGCUUCCUCAUGAUGGGGUCAAAAAUGUAAAAGCCCAUUUGUGAGCAUUACUUCUUGGGUGUGGCACUGAAUUUUAUUUUUUUUUUACUUUUUACACGAGAGAGAGGGAAACUUCUGUUUUUUAUCCAUCUCUGGAAAGGAAUGAUUAUGUAAAUGACUGCCAU